GAAAAACGAUGGCAUCCUUGUGGCCCCCCACUCCUUUCUCAUUUGGGAGGCGGUUCCGCGGCCAGCCGUUCAUGCAGGCGCCUCGCUUUCACCCUUCCCCCCGUGCGGUUUCCGAGCGCUGGCUAUAAAGCGCCGGCCUGGCUCCAGAUUGCUGACCAUCGUCCCUCCCGAUCCUCGCGCCGUCGCUUUCCAGAGACGCUGCUGCCCGCCGCGAUGAAGUCAAGCACUCUUCUCGGGGCCAUUGCCCUCGUCCCUGCCGUCUGGGCCCAGUGUGCCAUCGACGCCGCAACCCGUAUCGACUGUGGAAAUGCCACCACCACCCAGGCCUCCUGCACGGCUACCGGCUGCUGCUGGAACCCGCUUCCAGCUGGCCAGGCGGGCCCGGCGUGCUUCUACUCCACCACCCAGCUCACCAACCCUGCCGGAUGCCCCGCCGGCGGACAGGCCGCUGCCAACCGCAUCGAUUGCGGUGCCCCAGGCAUGAACCAGGGCCAGUGCAUCCAAAAGGGAUGCUGCUGGAACCCUCUCGCCACUGGUGUCGCCGGCCCCUGGUGCUACACCGUCCCCUCCCCGGUUGUCAACCGACCAGCUGCUUGCCCCGCCACCCCUAUGACCGGAACCCUCCGCGUGGACUGUGGCAAUGCUAACAGCACUCAGAACAGCUGCUACGCCUCCGGCUGCUGCUGGGACACUCUUCCUGCUGGACAGACCGGCCCCAACUGCUACCAGGCCAACACUGUCCAACGCCCCGCUGCCUGCCCUGCCACUCCUCGCGAUCCCACCCUUCGCACCAACUGCGGAAAUGCUACCACCACCCCUGCUUCGUGCGCUGCCCUUGGCUGCUGCUGGGAUACAAUCCCCGCUGGCACCGCCGGCCCGAACUGCUAUACCGCCACGGCGCCUCGCCCGGCUGCAUGCCCCGCCACCCCUCGCCCGGCUACCCUCCGUGUGGACUGCGGCAACGCCAACACCACUCCGGACUCUUGCGCUGCCCUUGGCUGCUGCUGGGAUCCCCUCCCUGCUGGCACUGCCGGCCCCUAUUGCUACAGUGCAGCCACUCCUCGCCCUCCCACCUGCCCCUUGACUCCCCUUGCCCCGGCCUAUCGAUUCGACUGUGGUAAUGCUACUUCCACCCCCGACUCCUGUGCUGCCUCCGGCUGCUGCUGGGACACUCUCCCCGCUGGACAAGUUGGCCCCAACUGCUACAACGCUCCCAACUACUGCCCCGUCAAGCCUACCCCCGGCAACCAGCGCAUCGACUGUGGCAACGCUACCACUACCCAAGCCCAGUGCGUCACCAGCGGAUGCUGCUGGAGCCCUCUUGGUCCCACCGACAUUCCCGGCCCGACAUGCUACAAGUUCCUGUCGCCCGUUGACACCGGUUGCCCUGUCACCCCUGUUCCCAAGUGGUACCGCAUCGACUGUGGUGAUGCCUCGACCACUGCGCUUGGAUGUGUUCAAACUAACUGCUGCUGGGAUAUCACCGCCCUUGGCACUGGACCCAACUGCUACACCAAGCAAUCCGGUCUCCCGGCCUCUCCUCCUCCUCCGAUCCCGACUCCUCCUCCUCAAGACCCCAACACCGGCAACUACUCGGUUCUGUACAUUGGCGCCACCGUCCCGAUCCAUCUGUACGUUGCCCCCGUCAGCAACAAGGUCAUCCUCCUUGAGCGUAUCUUUGGUGGCGUGUUGAAUACCACUCACUCCUAUGAGCUCGAUGUCACCACCGCGACCGAGCGCCCGCUCCACGUCAUCACCGACAUUUUCUGCUCCGCCGGUGUCAUUCUCCCUGUUCCGGCCGCAACCCUGAUCAAUACCGGUGGCUGGUCCGAUGUUGCCCUCUACGGUGUCCGUGCCUUCAACCCCUGUGGCUCCAACGGUGUCUCGGGCACUUGCGACUGGGUCGAGAACAACCAAAUCUCCAAGCUCCAGGUUCCUCGCUGGUACCCUACUUCGAUCACUCUGUCGAACGGACAGCUUGUUGUGAUGGGAGGUUUGACGGCCCAGAACGUUGCCGGCGGUCUCAACCAGCCGACUUACGAGUUCCUGCCUCCCAACGGCCCUCACAACGGUCUCCGCACCAUGCAGCUCCUUGUUGAUACCAACACCUUCAACCUGUACCCGAUCGCCAAUGUUAUGCCCGACGGCAAGGUCAUGGUCAGCGCUCGUGAUCAACACCAGCUCUUUGACCAGGACUUCAACCUCCUUUCGGCCCUCCCCAACAGCCCCCGCGAAGUCGUUCCCAACGGCGGUCGCACCUACCCGAUGACCGGCAUGCACGCCCUGCUCCCUCUCGAUCCCGCCAACAACUACGCCGCCAAGUACCUUGUCUGCGGUGGUGGCUCGGACUUCCCCAAGACCUCGCCGGCCCUCAGUUCGUGCACCACCCUCGACUACAACUCGCAGAGCUGGUCCGCCCUUGAGACGAUGCCGAUUCCCCGUGUCAUGGGAGACAUGGUCACGCUUGCUGACGGCACUGUUCUGAUGAUCAACGGUGCUCAGCAGGGAUCUGCUGGCUUCAACCUGUCGCAGAUCUGCGCGUCCACGGCCCUCCACUACGAUCCCACCAAGGCUUUCGGCCAGCGCAUCACCGUUGGCGGCACCACCAAGCUGUGCCGUCUCUACCACGCCCUUGCUGUCCUCCUUCCCGACGCUCGUGUCCUGAUUGCUGGCUCGACCCCGAACACCGACUCGAACGGUGUCCCGCCCUAUGUCACCUAUCCCGCCGAGAAGACUGUCGAGAUCUACACCCCGGCUUACAUCAACAAGGCUCCCCGUCCCGUCAUCUCGCCCUUCGCCAACACCUUCCGCAUCUGGAAGUACAACACCAAGUAUUCGUUCGCUUCCACUCUUCCCUCUGGCAACGCCAAAACUCUCAAGGUUUCCCUCGUUCAGGAUCAGUUCGUCACCCACUCUGUGCAUAUGGGUCAGCGCUAUGUCUAUCUCACGGCCACUUAUGCCAACGGCGUUGUGACGAUCACCACCCCUCCCAACUCGUUCGUCCUUCCUCCUGGCUGGUACAUGAUCUUUGUGCUCGACAACGGUGUCCCGUCUGUUGCCGAGUGGGUCCUGGUCGGCAACGAGGUCAUCGAUCCCUCUGUCACCGCCUGGGUCGCUGCUCUUGACCCCAGCAACAAUAUUCCCCUCUAAAGGAUUAUGUCGCGCUUAUAUCGAAUCCGAUUGCCUCACUACCUUGGCUUGAUGGACUUCUUUCACCUCCGCCGUUCUCGCUUCGCACUUUCGGUCUUAACUAUGCCAUUUGUCGCCCAGCUAUGUGCGUCCCCCCCUGCGAAUUUACUAUUCCCCCUUAUAUUUCUAUGACUAUCGCUUGUCUUUGGUCACUUAGUUGUGGCCUUGCUUUCACAGCUAAUCAACGUUGCCUAGAAUACAUUAUCUACUAGCAAAUCCGCCAA